AAAUUUUAAUAAGAUUGCAUUCGACCAAAUUACUUCAUAUUAUAACACAAAAUAAAUAUAUUUUAAAUAACAUAUCGUUACAAUAUUGUAAACAUGGCUACAGCUGGUAUAAAUAAUAAUGAUAAUACAGAAUUAUAAUAAUUAAUGACCUUUUAAACACAAAAUCGUUUAAAUUAAAAAAAAUAACUGUUAAAACCCAAAGGGGAGACUUCUGUAAACAGGAAUUGUGGUAACCAUAGUAACUUUCGAACGCGUUCAGCCAAUCAGAUCGCUGGCCUGUCGGCGUAGGUUCUCCAUAGUGACGCGCUACGCCAUCUUGCAUUCAGCAAGCUUCGAGCUCAACAGAAACGCAGUUCGCGCUCCGCCGCCACACCGAGUGAGAUUUCGGAGAAAUGAACAGUCAGAGCUCCCGCAACGAAACGGCAGCUGCCGCGGUCAACGGCUCCGACUCAACGGCAGCGGCUCCGCGAGACCGCAAAACCGGAGGCGGUGUUCUGAAAAGGCUGAAAUCGCGAAGAAAUCAAGUGGACCGACGGCCUGUAACGGAGGAAGAGCUGCGGGCGCUGGGGAGAGACAUCACUCCGGAUGAAGUUUUGGGACUCCGCGCAGUCACUCGCGACUAUCUGUGUAAACCUGAGGACAACAUCUACAACAUUGACUUCACACGGUUUAAGAUCAGAGACCUGGAGACGGGGACAGUGCUUUUUGAGAUUGCCAAACCGCCACAGUGUGACCUCGAUGAAGAGGACGAGGAGAACGGAGAGGUUGACACCAGUGCCGGGCGUUUCGUUCGUUACCAGUUCACACCUGCGUUCCUUAAGUUACGAACGGUCGGAGCCACGGUGGAGUUCACAGUUGGCGAUCGACCUGUUACCAAUUUCAGAAUGAUUGAGAGGCAUUAUUUUCAAGACCGCCUUUUGAAGAGUUUUGACUUUGACUUUGGCUUCUGUAUCCCGAACAGCCGGAACACGUGUGAACACAUUUAUGAGUUUCCUCAGCUCCCAGAUGACCUCAUUCGAUUGAUGAUUGAGCACCCGUACGAGACUAGAUCAGACAGCUUCUACUUUGUGGACAACAAACUCAUCAUGCACAACAAAGCAGACUACGCUUACAACGGGGGCCAGUAGUGCCUCUUCCACAGGAAACCUGACGACUGUUUGUUGGAGUGACCGCGUGGUUUGCGUGGAAUGCAAAUACAGGAGCGCCUCUCACUACCAGCAGCACACGGUAUUGUCACCAGCAUUACGAUCUGGCACCAUCGACCCACUCAACUGGAAAUGACCGUCCUUCAGUCAAGUUCCUGCAUUCCUCAGACAGCGCGCACUACUUGUGGGUUUGGCCAAAAAAAAAAAGCGGAGCCUUUCUCCUCCGCCACACUUGACUAGCCGGAACUGAAGGGUUGUGCCGUCAUCCUGUUUUAGGACGACUGCAAGUUUAGUUUCGUAGCCUUUGUUGUCUUACUUCCUGCACACACCACCUUUUGUCCUGUUUUGUGAAAUUUUGUGUUAACAAACUAAACCUUGAAUGUUUAAAUGGGGUCUUUCUAAAUGUGUUAAAAAGAAGCAAUCCUAGCACAUGCGUCUUUGGUUAUUAAACAAAAAGUGGGCUUUUGCACAGAUUUGCGGUUAUUGUUGCGGUUAUUAAAAUGAUAGAACAGAGUUUGUUUAGCCAAUGCUGAGUUAAAGAGGAUGUGAUCUGUUUGUUUUUUAAACGUGUGUGUGUGUGUGUGUGUGUGUGUGUGUGACCGUAACCUUAAAACAGCUGGUGAUAAUUUUUUUUAUAGUUUUAACCACACUACCGUUUGAAAGUUUGGGUUCAGUAAUAUUUUUAAUGUCUUGGAAGCCUUUUAUGUUCACAAAGGCUGCGUUUAUUUGAUCAGAAAUACAGUAAAAGCAGUAAUUUUAUGUAAACAAGUUUAUAAAAAUAUAUUGUAUAAUAUAUUGUAAAUGUAAAUUCCUAUGAUCGUUCACGUCAAGAAAGAUAACUAUAAAAAUAAUAUCAACGUUGUCUGUUAGACCUAAACGCGCACUCUAGCUCUUGAUAACAGGAUGGAUUCUGAUUGGCUGUCAGUGUUUGUAUCAUUCAUCAACUGGAAAAAAGUUCUGAAAGCGUUUCCAAGGAUAUCGUUUCUCUGUGCCAUGGUUGCGGUAUGGAUUCUGCUGUGUUUCUAAUAUUGAGAACAAUUUUUAUAACUAUAUUGUUAUUGUCCUUGGCGUGAACGGGCCUUUGGAAAUAAUUCUAAUUUGCUGAUUUGCUGAAACCAUGAUGCAUUGAUUAACUUUCGCGAGCGGCGUUCAUUUGAAAUAGAACAAAAAAAAUUUUUUUACUGUCACUUUUGAUCAAUUUAAUGCAUCCUUGCUCAAUUAAACAUAUUAAAACUGCACUGACCCCAAAUUUUUAAACCCUAAACUGACCCUAUGUAGAAAUCAAGAUUGUGUUCAUUCAACAGGAAUCCUCUUUAGUUCUUUUGUUUUUAUUGUUGUUGUUUUUUUUAUCUGACAAAAAAAUGAGUUUUUGAAGGUAUGUAGUAUCAGUCCUUUACGGAUUUGGAAAGCAUACAUGGCCGUACACUGUGGGGUUCACAGGACAUCUGUCUUUGUCAUGUACGAGGGCUUUCGAUGUCGGUCUCAGCUGUGCAUACAGAAACCCUGUUUUCACUCGUGUCACACACAGAGAGGGUUGGGAUUCCCAACAUGGUGUCCUUGUGCACCUUUCAAGCUGUUUAGCCUUUAUAAGAGCUUUGAUGUUUACCUUUGAUCUAAUUCAACAUGCUGCGUAAUAGCGGCUGGGGUUUGGGAGGAACGUAAAUUUAGAGGCCUCUGACUUUACAUAUUUAAUCAAUAUCAACUUGUUUUGAUCGGCGUACGAUCAAAGCCAAUCAUGUUACAGUUGCAAAACACCCAUUGUUGUUCAUUGACAGUCGGUCCAUUCGCAAACAAGUCCGUUGACUUGCUUAUAUUAAGUGUCCUUAAGAAAGAUGAGACUAAAGGACCAAUGUUUGUGAAGUAUUUGUGGUUGCAUGUGUCUAAUGCCUUACUUGUGCCGUUUACAUAGGUCUGUGUUGACAUGCUGUAAUUUGCAUUGAGAGAUUUACCGCAGAUUUAGGUCUGUGUGUUAGUUUUACUACAAACUGCAUAAGUGAUCAAAUAUUUGGUUUUAUUCCUAUUAAUUCUCCUCACACGUAAAAGUCUCCCUUGCUGAGAGCUAAAACAGAGUGUCUUCAUAUUCCUUCGUCACUACAAAGAUGGUGGUUUUGAUCUAUAUCAUGGACACUAAUGUGUGGAUUUAGUCAUAGCAGUAAUUUUAGGACUCCUGCCCAUGCUUUACGUUUGUUGUGUAACAUGUCAACUGGAAUAGGUUUGUCUUUGUAUUUAGCCAAUUAUGUCAGGGUUUUUUUUUUUUUUUGUAAUGAAGCCUGUAUCAGGACUCUUCUAAUGAAAUAUUUCAUAAUAUGACAUUCUUUAACACAGCAUUCUGCUAAAAUAAUUUGUAUAGAUAAGACGGAUGGUAGAGACUGGGCGCAUUAAACUUUAAAGAAACAUAUUCAUUAACGACGAGCGAUGCUGAUGGGUUUUACGAUUGUUUACAUUAAUUAUUCAUUUAAAAUAAAUUCCUUUACAUUUUUAGCCCUGAUGUCACCCAUGUGUUCAGAGAUCUAGGCCCUUGGUUUAAAGAGGUGGCCAAGAUCAACUGCAGACGCAGGCAAGUGUGCCCCGAUUUACUCUGUUUUUCAGAAUUGUAGGAACAUUGUAUUAUACUGUAUAAUGAAAUAGGAAUUAUGUCCAGAUGUGGAAGGGGGAUUUUGUUCAGAAAAAUAAAUAAAAUGCAUUUUAU